UUGUUUCUAGGACCUUUCUCUUGGAAGCUGUGCUUCUUGUCACUUCCAGAUCUCAUGUCAACACCAAGCCCUCAGCUGCUGGUGGCGGCUGCUCAGCAGACCCUGGGCAUGGGAAAGAGAAAGGGCCCACCUCGAGCCGUCUGCCUUCACCUAGCGGGAGAGGUGCUAGCUGUGGCCCGGGGGCUGAAGCCGGCCGUGCUGUAUGACUGGAACUCGGCAGGAGUCUUGGCGCUCCAAACCUAUCUGAAGGAACUGCAGGGGGUGGGCUUUCCGACAGCAGGACUUCACAUUCUUGAGAUUGGAGAAAGUAACCUCAUCGUCAGCCCUGAGCAUGCGGGUCAGCAUUUGGAGCGGGUACUGCUUGGUGCCGUAGCGUUAGUGGACAUUUCCUGCUCCCGGCCUCACCCUUCUGUCAGUUCGCUGGACCAGCUCCCCGACUUGAAAUCUCUCAUAGCUGAGAUCCUCACACAUUUUCGAGGGCUGCAGAAGGAUGCAUCUCUGGGAGUCUCCCACAGCAAGCUGCAUCCCUCAGACUGCAAUCUCUGCACUGUAUAUGGGAUACUCCUGGGCUAUCCUGUCUCUUACACUUUUCACCUGAACCACGGAGACGGCAACUGCUUAGCCAUGACCCCUCUGCGGGUGUUCACUGCCCAGGUCUCAUGGCUGCCUGGUCAACUUCCAGUCUUGCUAUACUCCUUUAGUGUUCCAGAGAGCUUGUUCCCAGCCCUGAGGGACUUUGUGAGAGUCUGGGAGAAGGACCUCAGAACUGGACUUAGGACUCAGAGUGUCUUUGCAGACCUCAGCAUCUCCUCUGAGAUAGUCACACUGCCUGCUGUGGCCCUCUGACUCAACUCAGCCUGUUGAGAAGGCCCAUGAGAGCAGAGGUGG